CCUCCAACACAAAGCUGUCUCUGUCAGAAACAGCAGAUGUAAUGUGUCUCAAAGUGACAUAUCUGGGCACUUGUGAUAUUAAAAAGAGUUAAUUCCUCUCAACAAUUGUUUGUCACUUUACAGUUGAGUGUUUACAGCGCUUUGGUGUGGACGCAACACAAUGGUGGCUGAGCUGCAGUAACCAUGGGUCAGAGAGAAGAGGUGAGGCCGUCCUGCCUCUCCCUCCUCACCUACCACAGAGAGCUGCUGGUGUCCCGGCUCCGGAGCGUCCCCUGCAUCCUGGACAACCUGCUGGCCUCUGGCUUCGUCUGUGAGGAGGAUGUGGAGAUCGUUCAGCGAACUGCCACCAAGACAGACCAGGUGCGUAGAAUCUUGGAGCUAGUCCAAUGCAAAGGUGAGGAGGCCUCUGAAUACUUCAUUUACAUCAUUUACAAAGUAUGUGAUGCAUACGUAGACCUCCAGCCAUGGCUGAAAGACAUCAACUUCAACCCAAGCAGUGAAGUAGCACUGUUGGACGUGGUGAACACAGAUCCCAUCAGCAGGUUCAGUGAGAAGCUGAGGCGCGGCAUGAGCCAAGACACCAGCUUCAUCAUGUCGUACGGCCAGCAAGAGGAGACCCGUCUGGGGGAGCUGUACACCGACACGCUGAUGGAGCUGCUGAACGACUGCAACGAGAGUCUGGGCUUCCUGGAGAGCCUGCACACGCUGCUGGGAGACCACGCAAUCUUCAACCCCCAGGGGGAGACCAUCUCUGUGAUGGGGGAUGCCGGGGUGGGGAAAUCCAUCCUGCUGCAGAAGCUCCAGAAUCUCUGGUCCAACAAAGAGCUACAGACGGACGCCAUCUUCUUCUUUAAGUUCCGCUGCAGGACGUUCAGCCUCUUCAAGGACUCGGAGCAGAUGUCCCUCAGAGAGCUUCUGUUCAAACACAACUGCUGCCCCGACCACGACCCGGACGACGAGGUGUUUGAGUUCAUCCUGCGCUUCCCUGAGAAGGUUCUCUUUACGUUUGACGGCUACGAUGAGAUUCAGAUGAGUGACCUGAUGAAUGUUGCUGAGGUGGGCUCACCAGAUGUAAAGGCCCACCCCCUCCAGCUGCUCAUCAGCCUGCUCUGUGGGAAACUGCUCAAGGGUUCCCAGAAGGUUCUGACGGCCCGCACAGGCACCGAGAUCCAGAGCAGGGUGAUCAGGAAGAAGGUGGCUCUGCGUGGCUUCUCCCCGGCUCACCUGAACACCUACAUCCACCUGCACUUCAAGAAGCAGGAGCACCGAGAGCUGGUGUCCGUGCAGCUGGAUGCUAGCCCCCACCUCUGUGGCCUCUGCUCCACCCCGCUCUUCUGCUGGAUCGUAUUCAAGAGCUUCAGGCACCUGCACACCAUGCAUGAUAGUUUCCACCUGCCUGACACCUGCAUCACGCUCACAGACAUCUUCCUCCUGCUGUCCGAGGUGUUCCUCAGCCGCUCAGCCGCUCCUGCUCCGUCUCUGCUGAAGAAGAGCAUUCGGUGUGUUUCCGAGACGUUCAGAGCCGGGCUCAGGUCCCUCACACCGUUUGCCAAACUGGCUCUUCAGGGUAUGGAGAGAGGAAGCUUCAUCUGGAGCCAGGAGCAGAUGAGUGAGUGUGGGCUGACGGAGGAGGACCUGUCACUGGGCUUCCUGCGGCCUGUCGGUGAGUUCGACGCCAGCGGGGGCGCCGCUACAUUUGAAUUCCUCCACGUCACCCUGCAGUCUUUCCUGGCAGCGUUUGCUCUGGUGUUGGACGAGCAGGCUCCUGCCGGCUCCAUCCUCAAGUUCUUCACAGAGUGCAGCAGGAAGAGGAAUACAUUUUGUGUUCCUUUUCAAGUCUGUAUCAGUGGCUCCACAAAGUCCAGGGAAAAGAAUCCAUUUGUGACAAAUGAACACCUUCAGUUCACUAACCUGUUCCUGUGCGGCCUGCUGUCCAAGGCUCACGUCGGCCUGAUGGAGCAUCUGGUUUCUCCUGUGUUAUUAAAGAAAAAACGGGCCUUGCUCAAAUCCUACCUUUCUACCAGUGUGAAGUCCCACCUCCAAGGAUUACCCCACUAUGAUGGUGAGGAGGGCAAGAAGGUCCAUGUGCUGCCCAACUUCCUGUGGAUGCUGCGCUGCAUCUUUGAGACAGGGAGCAGAGACAUCGCCCAGACGACGGCCAGAGGCAUCAAGGCGGACUUCAUCAAGCUGGGCUACUGUAACGUGUUCUCCGGGGACUGCACCGCUAUCAACUUCGUGCUGCAGCACCGUCACAAGGUCCUGGGCCUCGACAUGGACAACAACAACAUCAGUGACUAUGGGGUGAAGCAGCUGAAGCCCUCCUUCAGUAAGAUGACAGUAGUGAGACUGAGUGUGAAUCAGCUGUCUGACAGCAGCAUUGAGGUUCUUGCAGAGGAGCUGUGUAAGCACAAAGUCGUGGAAAUCUUGGGCCUUUACAACAAUCACAUCACAGAUGUUGGAGCUAAGCUGGUGGCUCAGAUCAUCCAGGAAUGCCCAAAGCUGCGAGUCGUCAAGGUUGGCAAAAACAGGAUCACUGGUUCGGGGGGGAGAUAUCUGGCCAGCGCAAUCCAGAGGAGCUCUUCUAUAUUUGAUGUGGGGAUGUGGGGGAACAGCAUCGGUGAUGAGGGAGCAGAAGCAUUCGCAGAAGCCUUGAGGAAUCACCCGAGCCUCACCAACCUCAGUCUCUCAGCCAAUGGCAUCACGUCUAGAGGUGGGAGGAGCCUGUCGGAGGCGCUGAAAGAGAACAGCGUGCUCAGCAUAUUCUGGUUGGUGCAGAAUGAGCUCACUGAUGACGCAGCGCCACACUUUGCUGACCUGGUCCAGGCAGACACAGGUCUCAGCCACCUCUGGUUAAUCAGCAACCAGUUCUCUGUGGAGGGGAUCCAGCAGCUGGCCGAGGCCCUCCCUCACAACUCAGCCCUCAAAGAGAUCUGUGUGAAAGGAAACCAGCUCUCGGAGGAGGAAGAGAAACAGUUUGUGGCAGAGAAGAGGCUGCGCUUCCACUGAGGGGCACCAACCUGAGACCUGCUGAGUCAUGUCUGUAACUGUUAGCAUUAAAAAGUCCCACUGCCAGUGAAGGGGAAAUACACUCGUCUAUAUACUUCACAUCCAUGAGGAAACUGUCGCUUUCAUGUCAUGAAGGAGAUGAAAUUAUUUGAAAUUUGAGGUGACUAUUACAAAAAAGGGGAAGCACUGAUGUAGAAACGCAUUUCUUGUUAAUGCCAUCCAAAGCAAACAGGCCCCUAUCACUUCUUGAUAAGACUUCGUAUAACACUGCCAUACAGGAAGUCACAACUGAAGUGACAGAGGCCUGCACACAUUGAUGCGUAGUCCCUACAAUGGGUCAAGCUUCAUAACCGUUGGAUACUACAUUUCCCAUAAUGCAUAGCAAGCACCCAUCUUUUUUGAACUAUCUGUGUUUAGCAUUAACAAUGAGAGAAUGUUUUUUUAUCCAAAGGUGUGUGCUUUUUUAAAAUAAAUAUUUUAACAUCU